AUGCUUCACCGCGUUAAGUUAAGCUUAAAGAGCUCGAAAGACGCUGUACUUCGCAGGGGGCCGGCGAGUGCGCCCGAAACUCGGUACGAGGCUGCGAUGGACGUACUGGACAGCCUGGAGCGUCGGGCCCAACGAGUACGAGCCGUGCUAGCUGCGAACGAGAACGCCUGGAAGAGCCUGCUGGCGAACAUGAGUGAUGCCACCGGCUCAAUACAGACUAUGUUCGAAGCUACGCACCCAUUUUACAGCACCGCAACAGAUACUGCGAACGUUGUCUCGGCACUGGAACAACACAUGUGUAAGAUUGGUCUUCUUCGCCCACCGCCAACGGGUUACCGCCAGAACGAGAGUAAACCGACACCGGAGGGGGUCCAGAGCGUCUUAGCGCAAGUUGACGAGUUCCUCGAAAAGUGCAAAGAGAUGAGAAAACGAGCACACGUGUAUGAGGAGCGCCUGAGAGAGGUCAACUAUUAUUUAACCAAAGUCGAGAAGCUCGAAGCAGCGCAAAAGCAGGAUUCGGACGCGCGUUUGGAACGCAACCGUCUGAAACUCCUUGAAUCCAGACAGUCUGCAGAGGACGCCUGCAACUCUCUCCAGCUUGGUGUUGAAAUGCUCGAACGCAACAAGGAUGUUGUGUUCUCAAGGGCCCUCAUUGUUUAUAUCUCUAACCAACUGGCAGCAUUGAAAUUCGAGCCGCUUAUUGAACAAGACAGAGAACUGCAAGAUAUUAUGACUGAACAUGGAAGCCUCACCAGUCAAAAGAUUGAUUGGACUGAAAGCUCUCAGGUGAACACCUCGGGUGAGCGCACAAGUCAGCGUAUGCAGAGCCCGACGUCAAAGACGCCGUCACGGUUUUCGGCGGAUGCGAGCCCCCUCUCGGAUAGCGUUGAUCACUCUGUUGCCGGGGGUGCAUCGCCCCCGCCAGAAUUUGAUCCUCAUGAGUUUGCCGAGCAUCGUGAACAAGAGCCAGAGCCCGAAGGCAACCUCGCAUGA